CGGCACUAAAGCGGCACAGUCAACUGCGGCCGUAUUUCAAUAAUUCCCUAUUAUUUUAACAGACCAAGUACGACUGUACCGUUCGAUCGCCUUCAGAAAAGUGCCCUACAGAACGACAGGAAUGAAUGACAUGACAUUGAAAAUAAUCUUGAGAAGUUAGCUACGGUCUACGGAGCAUGGCUUUAGCAACAUACCAACCUGAGGGCCUGUAUACAACAUUAACUAACUUAAAAUUAUUUACAUCUUAUUACUAAACCUCAAAGAUAGCCUUAAGCUGUAACAUUGUAAAUAUUGCCGCUCAAUAAUCUUACAAAAUAACAAUAAUAAUAAUAAUACAUAGUUAAGGAUUAUCAGUUGAAAACAGUAUUAAAUUUGGCAAGUAGCAAAAUCAAGGUUACAAACUGAAAUAGGUUGUCUGGUAAAAAUACAUUUCAACAGUUAAGCUGUCAUGAACAGUCCCGUAUAACCUGCUGUUCCAAGACAUUUUUAAAUAAAAAUUUACAACUAAAUACCAAGUAGCUUCAAACGCUACAUAAUGCCCUAUUGGAAUAACUGAUUUGAACAUCUCCAGAGAAAAAUUUGGAGUAUCAUUCAAAAAAUAUUCAUUUUAAUUUAGACAUGCUUUUAAAAUUCGCGAAAGAUGAGUUGGAUUAUAAGGGAGGGCGAACUACUUUAUACAAAAUUCUAAAGUCUAUGGGCUACAAAUAUAAACUUGUGAACCAGCGAAAAAUUCUAUCUGAACAAAAACAUGUUUUCGCGGCCAGAAUAAAAUUUUUAAGAAAGUAUCUUCAGUACCUAAAUUCCAAGAAAAAGUCAAUUUUAUUUGUUUGAAUGAAAUCUGGUUGUAUCAGAACGGUUCGCCUGUAUACGCCAAAACCUAAAAAGUAACCAGUCCAAAAUAAGAGCUGAGGGAAAGAGGAUCGCUAUUCUUUAUGCUGGGUGUUAUUUGGGAUUUUUGGAUGGAUGUGACUUACUACUGGACUCUAACAAUACUGACAAAGAGUUUCACAAAGUUAUGAAUGGGGACAUUUUUCAAAAUUGGGUGAAAAGACAAUUAAUUUCUGCAUUGUCUCAAUAAGAAGGAAAAUGUGUGGUGGUUAUGGAUAAUGCACCAUAUCAUUCUAUGCUUAUCGAUAAACCACCAAGUUGUUCGUCUAAAAAGGCCGAAAUGCAGGAAUUCUUGACAAGACAUAACGUUGUUUUUGCUGACGGACUUACAAAAACAAAAAUAAUGGGAAUUGAUCAAACCAUUUAGGGAAACAGGGAACAAAAAAUAUGUAAUUGAUAAGGUUCUCGGUAGACAUAACCAUGAAGUUCUUAAAUUACCUCUAUACCAUUGUCAAUAUAAUCCUAUUGAGACGGCAUGAGGGUUUACUAAGAAAUUUUACAAGAUAAACGAGGAAGCUUCAUCGAAAAACAGAGUUGUAAGUUUAUGGAAAAAGGCGUUUUUGUUUGCCUAUACUUCAGAUAUGUGGCAGAAUUCUGUUAGGCAUUGUGAAACUUUGAUACACGAGGACUGGGAGAAAUUAAUGGGAAACACUAGCUUCGACAACAUUCCUCCUAUCAUGAGCCAUUCGCAGUUGGAGUAUUUGCGGGAUCUGGGAUUUCGGGGGUCGUCCUGGAGACUCGUUCAUCCCCACCUAACAGAUAGAAAACAAAAUACAAACAUAAAAACUAUGUUAGUGGUGUCCCACAGGGUACGGUAGUUGGCCCGGUUCUGUUUACCCUUUUCAUCAACAGUAUUCUUGAGCAACCAUUAGACGGAGAGAUUUUAAGCUUUUGUGACGAUACUGUUAUAUUUUUUACUGCUAAAACCUGGCAGGAACUAAAAAUUUCAGACAGAAAAAAACCUAAAAAUAAUUUUUGAUAUCACAAACUUUUAACUGUAAAAUAAAAAAAAAACUUACUUUAUGCCAUUUACAUGUAGCAGCAGAAACAUGUCAAAUUUCGACACCCUUGGUAUUAAUGAAAUCAAAAUAAAAUUUACCAACACCAUUAAAUACUUAGGGGUUCACUUUGAUCCUUAUUUGAAAUGGAUUCAGCAUACGAAAAAAGUCACAAACACAAUUAGAGUGAUGCUGUUUAGAUUCAAGUAACUAUCUUAGAAAAAUAUUAGGCAUUAACCAAUUAAAAAUUCUAUUCUACGCACUUAUUGAAAGUCGAAUACCAUAUGGAAUCUUAGCUUGGGGUAUAGGUAUAUACCCCUAAAAACUAAAAUUUCCUUAAGGGAUGUGUCCCCCCGCUGAAUAGGGGUGAGUUACAAAAAAAGUUGAUAGGGAAAAAUUGUCGGAAAUGUAAUCUUAUGAAACUUUUAAUAAGAAAAUUUUUUCGUAAAACUUUAAACUACCCCUAUUGAAAAACGGCAGGGUGAGUAAAAAUUUCAUAAAGCAAAAACGUUGUAUGUGUUGUAGAAAUUUUUUUCACGUUCGUUAAAAAAAUUUAUUUUCAUUAAAAAUUUCAAAUGGCCCUUAUGACCACAGACGGCCCUUAAUCAGAAAAGUCUUUGGAUAAACAUUGUAGAUCAAAUAAUGUUGCACAUCUUUUAUUUGAAUAAUUUUUUUGUUAAAUCAAUAGGUACCAAGUAAUCGCCAAUGGCGCACUUUCAACCCCUAUAGCGCCAAACGCCAGAGGGGUGAAUGUUUGAUAUCUUCGGUUUUAUGAUCACCCAUCCGCUCCCAAUCAUCCCUGGAAAAUUCACUUGGGUAGAAUUUUUUUUUUUUUGCAAUGCAUGUAUUUUUCGACAAUUUUCCUAGACUAGAUAAACAUAAUUAGGAGACGAUAUUAAAUAUCUAGUGUAAAAACAACUUAUCAAAAGUAACUACUUAAUUUGUGUUUUUGCAUUUCUGGAAUGUAAAUAUUUUCGCAUUCACAUAAAUGUGGAAGAAUUCAUUUUUAAUUUAAUACAAAGUUUAAUCAGCUUAUAGUGAUUCUCGAUUAUACGGUGAAUAAUUUUUUUCAGUGGUAGGCCUUUUCAGGGAUAAGUCUACGUUAAAAUGGCUAAUAAUCUAUUAGAAUACGAUGAACAAGAAUUUUACCAACAGCUUUUCAAGGAUUUCAACAAAACCAAAGAAGACCUAAAUAGCUUUAUUAAUAUAAUGAGAGAAUGGGCUGAAACUCAAAAGCAUUUUCCUGAAAAACCAAAUGUUAAUUUGCUUCGUUUUGUCAUUCUGUAUAAUAAAUUCAGUGUAGAAGCAGCCAAGCAAAAGCUGGACAUGUUUUAUACCGCAAGAAGCUUAAUGCCGGAAUUUUUCUGUAAUAAUCCCUUGACUGAAGAUAUGAUUUUUCAACGGAAACUAUGUUAUAUGGUUCCACUUCCAAAAUUAGCAGACGACCAUGUUAGAAUCAUCUACGUCAAAUUGAAUCCGGAGUUUGCAGAUCCAAAAUAUUUCGUUCAUAAACAUGUAGCAGUCCAGUUUAUACAUUUAUUCACAUUAAUUGGCAAAAAUGACUUGUCUUAUCGUACUCAUUGCAUUUGCGAUUGUGAUUGCCUGCAAUUGGGACAUGUUGCUAAGGCAAGUCUUAUGAUCAUAAAGAAGUGUCAGAUUAUUUUGGAAAAAGUAUUUUCCAAUCGAAUAGCUUCGCUGCACUUAGUAAACUUUCCGGCGUUUUUGGAAAACUUUGUUAACACAAUUAUCAAACCAAUUCUUAUUAAAAAAUUAAGAGAACGACUCCAAAUACAUACUGGUAAUGAGAUUUUAUUUGAAUUAUUCGGCAAGGAGCGAAUGCCUAGAGAUAUAGGAGGUGAAGAGAAGUCUUUAGAGGAAAUAAAUGACAUGUUGCAUCAACAAUAUGAACUUCACAAAGAUCGAUUUCUUGAACUGGAAAAACUAACCGUAGAUGAAUCUUUGAGACCGGCCAAACUGCAAAAUGACGAAAUUCUUGGUUAUUAUGGAAGUUUUAGGAAAAUGUAGAUUGAAAUACUAGAUUUCAAGAUCUUUAACAGAUUUUAAUUAAGGAGAAUUGUCCAAAUAUUUUUUUAAUCGGUGUAGAAAUAUAAUAUAAAAGUAAUUUAAUAGAUAUUGAAGGAGG